AUGGCGCCUCAAGAGGACAAAAAGGCCAAGUCCAGCAGCAAGGACAAGGACAAGAAGGAGAAGCCGGACAAGGAAAAGAAGGAGAAGAAGGACAAGUCGGAAGUGAAGGACAAGAAGGACAAGGGCGACAAGAAGGACAAGGGCGAAAAGAAGGAAAAGGGCGACAAGAAGGAGAAGAAGGGAGCCGUGGAGAAGCUGUCCGACCACAAGGUGGCGGCGGCGGCCGCGGUCAAGCACAAGGGCGGCGCCAGCAACGGCGCCGCCGCGGCCGCGGCCCCCGCCAAGCCUGCCAAGCCGCCGCCGAAGCGCAAGGGGCCUCCCGAGCCCAAGGGCGAUGCCGAUGACUACCUGGCGGGCCUGGACCUGCCCUCCUCAGACUCGGAGUCGGAUGGCGAGGUGGACCGGCGGCGGGGCAUGCUGGAGGAGGAGGCGGUGGUGCACAUCCAGCAGGCGUCGGGCAAGGAGAUCCGCAAGAUACACGACCGAGAGCGCAAGCUGGCCGAGAAGGCGGCGCAGGCCAAGGCGGCGGCGCUGCGAGACGACGACAACGUGUUUGAUGUGUCGUAUGAGAACCAGGGGGCGGAGGGGGAGGGCGCCAGCACGCUGUCGGCCACAGACAUCAAGCGGCGCGCCACCCAAGACUUCAGCGGCGGGUGGCGCAUGCGCAUCAGCCUGGCGCGCGCGCUCUACAUCCAGCCCACCGUCCUGCUGCUGGACGAGCCCACCAACCACCUGGACCUGCGGGCGGUGCUGUGGCUGGAGGAGUACCUGACGCGGUGGAAGAAGACGCUGAUUGUGGUGUCCCACGACCGCGAGUUCCUCAACUCUUUUGAGGAGAUGUACGAGCAGCGGCGGCGGGAGGUGAACAAGGAGUUUGAGAAGUACCAGAAGCAGCUCAAGGCGGCCAAGAAGAGCGGCAGCAAGGCGGCGGCGGACAAGGUGGAGAAGGGCGCCAAGCACAAGGCCAAGGUCAAGGCCAAGCAGCAGGGCGGCGGCGGCGGCGGCGGCGAGGCGGCGGCGGGCGACACACCGCGCCAGUGGAACGACUACACCGUCCACUUUGAGUUCCCGGAGCCCACGGAGCUGCCGCCGCCGCUGCUGCAGCUCAUCGACGCCAGCUUCAAGUACCCUGGCCGCGACGACUUUGGCAUGCGGGACAUGAACAUAGGCAUCGACAUGGGCAGCCGGGGCGAGCAGCGGCGCAGCCACAAGCUGCGGGUGGGGCGCUACGCGCAGCACUUUGUGGAUGCGCUCAAGAUGGAUGAGACGCCCGUGGACUACCUGCUGUCCCGCUUCCCAGAGUCGGGCCUCAAGGCCACCGAGAUGCGGGCGAUGCUGGGGCGGUUUGGCCUGUCGGGGCACCACCACCUGCAGCCCAUUGUGAAGCUGUCGGGUGGCCAAAAGGCGCGCGUGGUGUUCACCGCCAUCGCCCUCUCCAACCCCCACAUCCUGCUGCUGGACGAGCCCACCAACCACCUGGACAUGCAGUCCAUCGAUGCGCUGGCGGAUGCGCUGGAGGAGUUUGAGGGCGGGGUGGUCAUCAUCUCGCACGACGCGCGCCUGCUGUCGCGCAUCUGCGACGAUGCGGAGGCGGCCGAGGUGUGGAUUGUGGAGGAUGGGGAGGUGCAUGCUUGGGAUGGUGACUUUGAGGACUACAAGAAUGAGCUGAUCCGGGAGAUUGCUGCGGAGCUGGAUGAGCAGGAAGCGGAGGAGGCGCGGCGGCAAGCCGAGCGCGACGAGAAGCGGCGGCAGCAGGGCAAGAAGUAGCGGGGCGCGGCGGCCCGCGUGCCCGACAAUGCGGGCGCUGCGCACCCCCUGCUCCCAUCCCUGCAUUUCAUUCCACUGCCUGCCACGCCCAACUGUGUGCCUGUGUGACUGAUGAUAGGUGAUCAUGGAUCAGGCAAAGCCAGGCGAUGUAAAACGUUGGGUCAAUUCCCAGAAUCAA